AUGGGGAAUUUAGAGGAAUUUGAUGAGUUGAAGUGGAACCAUUCUGCAAGGAGGCUAGAUACACCAUCGACGUAUUUAUUGAGGAAAGCAAGAAGGAAUCCAAAUGGUCUUCAGGAAUUGCGUGCAUCGCUAGUCUCCUCUACAAUUUAUGUAGGAAAUCUCUCUUUUUAUACAUCAGAAGAACAAAUAUAUGAACUUUUUUCAAAAUGUGGUACCAUAAAAAGAAUAGUCAUGGGCCUAGAUAGAUUCAAAUUCACACCUUGUGGAUUUUGCUUUGUCAUAUAUAAUGAACCGAAAGAAGCAUUAAACGCGGUCAAAUAUUUGUCUAACACCAAGUUAGAUGAUAAAAAGAUUACAAUAGAUCUAGAUCCAGGAUUUGAAGAUGGUAGGCAAUUCGGUAGAGGAAGAAGUGGUGGUCAAGUUAGUGAUGAAUUGAAAUUCGAAUUUGAUGCCUCAAGGGGUGGGUUCUCUGUUCCACUAGCACAACGUAUAGGUAAUAGGUUUAAUCAGGAGCAAAUCCAAUUUGCGGCCCCAAACUCUGCAUUCAACUUUGUUCCACCGGCAAUGGGCGGUUUUGAUGCCAGUGGCGACUACGACCAAGACGAAGAUAAUUAUAUUCCCCAAUAA